CUGUGUGUUUUUGUUGCCUUUCGCAAAUCGAUAAACGAUGUCCGGACUGCGGAGUAGGCGAACGCUUUGCGUGUGCACAUAUACCAUCUUGCGUACAAAUAUGAGUACCUUUGAACAACAUUUGGAGGAGAUUGCCUCCGAUCUUUACGGCACAUCAAGCCAUUGCGAUUUUGCCAUAGUCCGCGAUUUUGUAAUCAAUAACAUAGUAAGGGCUAAUGAAUUGCUCACCUCUACGUGCCAGGUAGAAACCCUGGAUUUUGGCAGCAGAGCUCUGGGAAUCCAUACUCCUUACAGCGAUUACGACGUGUUUGUGGUGCUGAAGUUUCCCUCUUACAAAAAUAUAAUCGUGCGGCAGGAUUAUCAUCAUUUCGGGCUGGUGAAUUUGGACUUCAAUAAUGUGGCAUUCGACAGUUUCGCAGAGGACGCUCUAUUGGAUAAUCUUUGA